UUAAUUCUCACCUCUGUAGAUAUACCUACAAGCAUACCUUACAGUCAUCGUCAUUUUUAAACUUGCAGAGUUGCGGCAAAGUUCCAGGGUUGUCGUCUUAGUCAAGUUGUGCUUUCCGCAAGGAGUAGCUAUAGACACAGGCAAUCCUUUACUUCUAAGGUUACAGAUUGGAGGAAGUGUCGUUUUCCAAACUUGUCAUCUCCUAAUCAAAGAACAACCAACAAGAGAUAUAUCUGUUCUAUUGCAACUGAACCAGUAGUGCCUAUGAAAGUUGAGGAAUCUAAGAUGGAAGGACCAAAAGAAGUCUUUCUCAAGGAUUACAAGCAGCCAGACUACUACUUUGAUACGGUGGAUUUGAAUUUUUCACUAGGUGAGGAGAAAACAAUCGUCUCUUCUAAAAUUGCUGUCAUCCCCAGAGUUGAAGGCGGCAUUUCAUCCCCACUUGUUUUGAAUGGACAUGAUCUGAAGUUGAUUUCCAUACUUGUUAAUGGCAAUGCACUGAAGGAGGUAGAUUUUCACUUGGACUCGAGGCAUUUGACUAUUGCUUCACCUCCAAGUGGCAAGUUCACUUUGGAAAUUGUUACAGAAAUAUAUCCGCAGAAAAACACAUCAUUAGAGGGUCUUUACAGGUCAUCUGGUAACUUCUGCACACAAUGUGAAGCUGAAGGUUUCCGUAAAAUUACGUUCUAUCAGGACCGUCCUGAUAUUAUGGCAAAGUACACUUGUCGCAUUGAAGCAGAGAAAUCCUUGUAUCCUGUGCUGUUAUCUAAUGGAAACCUUGUUGAGCAAGGAAAUCUAGAGGGAGGAAGACAUUACGCCAUUUGGGAGGAUCCUUUCAAGAAACCUAGUUAUCUCUUUGCAUUGGUUGCCGGACAGUUGAUAAGUAGAGAUGACACAUUUACGACUCGUUCUGGCAGAAAGGUCUCCCUUCGAAUUUGGACCCCUGCACAGGAUUUGCCCAAGACAGCACAUGCUAUGUAUUCACUUAAAGCUGCCAUGAAAUGGGAUGAGGAUGUGUUUGGUCUUGAGUAUGACUUGGAUCUUUUCAAUAUUGUUGCCGUACCAGAUUUUAACAUGGGAGCAAUGGAAAACAAGAGCUUGAAUAUAUUCAAUUCCAAACUUGUCUUGGCUUCUCCUGAAACUGCAACUGAUGGAGAUUAUGCUGCAAUUUUGGGGGUUAUUGGACAUGAGUAUUUCCACAACUGGACUGGUAAUAGAGUGACAUGUCGUGACUGGUUCCAGCUUAGUUUGAAGGAAGGUCUAACAGUCUUCCGUGAUCAGGAAUUUUCUUCUGAUAUGGGAAGUCGUACUGUGAAGAGGAUUGCUGAUGUUUUAAAGCUUAGAAUGUAUCAAUAUCCACAGGAUGCGGGUCCCAUGGCUCAUCCUGUGCGGCCUCACUCUUAUAUCAAGAUGGAUAACUUCUACACUGUAACGGUAUCAUUACCUUAUAAAUUUUGCUCGUAUUUUUUAAUAUAAUAUUUCAGAUUUUAUUUUAUUUUCCUGAGUCUACUUGUGUACUAAUACUUUUGGACUGCUUUUCUACAGGUGUAUGAAAAGGGGGCUGAAGUUGUCAGAAUGUACAAAACCUUGCUGGGAAGUGAAGGAUUCAGAAAAGGAAUGGAUUUAUAUUUCAAGAGGCAUGACGGGCAAGCUGUAACCUGUGAAGACUUUUUUGCAGCAAUGCGAGAUGCAAAUAAUGCAGACUUUGCUAAUUUUUUGUUAUGGUACUCUCAAGCUGGAACCCCUCUCGUAAAGGUUACUUCUAUUUAUAAUGCUGAUUCUCAUACUUAUUCUCUAAAGUUCAGCCAAGAUGUCCCUCCCACACCCGGGCAGACUUUGAAAGAGCCAAUGUUUAUUCCUAUUGCGCUAGGUCUUUUAGACUCUAGCGGUAAGGAUAUACCUUUGUCAUCAGUGUACUCUUCUGGGAGGCUGGAAAGUAUUAGCAGUGGCAAACCAGUCUACACUACAGUUCUUAGGCUAACAAAGAAAGAAGAAGAAUUUGUGUUCAAUGACAUAAGGGAGAGGCCAGUCCCAUCUAUACUACGGGGGUUUAGUGCUCCCAUCAGGCUUGAGUCUGAUCUUACUGAUGCGGAUCUAUUUUUCCUUCUCGCUCAUGACUCUGAUGAGUUCAACAGAUGGGAAGCCGGGCAGGUAUUGGCAAGGAAGUUGAUGCUCAAGCUUGUCGCUGAUUUCCAGCAAAACAAGCCCUUGGCUCUUAACCCGCAAUUUGUGCAGGGAAUAAAAAGUAUCCUUAAUGAUUCUAGUUUGGAUAAGGAAUUCAUUGCAAAGGCAAUAACUUUGCCUGGGGAUGGAGAGAUCAUGGACAUGAUGACUGUGGCUGACCCUGAUGCUGUUCAUGCUGUUAGAACCUUCAUUAGGAAGCAAAUUGCUGCUGAAUUAAAAGAAGACCUUAUCAGAACGAUAAGAGAUAAUACGAGCUCUCAGCAAUAUGAAUUUAAUCAUCAUGAUAUGGCGAGGCGUGCUCUAAAACAAAUUGCUCUUGCAUAUCUCGGGUCACUUCAAGGCCCAGAAAUUGUUGAGCUGCUUUUGCACGAGUAUAAAGCUGCAGCAAAUAUGACAGAUCAAUUUGCUGCUCUGGUGGCUAUUGACCAGCAGCAUGGUCAAACUCGGGAUGAAGUUUUGGCCGAUUUCUAUGAGAAGUGGCAGCAUGACUUCUUGGUUGUAAAUAAAUGGUUUAGCCUCCAAGGUGCAUCAGCCAUUCCUAGUAAUGUUGAAAAUAUAAAGAAACUGUUGAACCACCCAGCCUUUGACUUGUGCAAUCCAAACAAGGUGUAUUCAUUGAUUGGAGGAUUUUGUGGGUGUCCUAUUAACUUCCAUGCGAAGGAUGGAUCGGGCUACAGAUUCUUAGGAGAACUUGUGGUGCAGCUUGACAAACUUAAUCCCCAGGUGGCUUCCCGGAUGGUGUCGGCCUUCUCCAGGUGGAAGCGAUAUGAUGAAACCAGGCAAGCUCUUGCCAAGGCACAGUUGGAGAUGAUCUUGUCAACCGAGGGGCUCUCAGAGAAUGUAUUUGAAAUUGUUUCAAAGAGCUUAGCUGCCUGAUUGUUUUGCGAAUUUUUCUCGGCUUUUUUCUUUUUCUUUUUCUUCCUGAACCGAUAGCUCAAAUCCCUCUGCUUGCUAUGAAUCUAUGAUAUCAUGUGGAAUGAUUUGAAGCGAGCAAUUUGUUUAUAAUGAAUUGAAAUCAUAGUAGGUUGUUUCAUUAUAGUGUCUAUCCAGAUCUUUUUCUGUUUUAGUAAAUACAUAUGGUAAGAAAAAAUAUUGGAAAUGGUCAAAUAAGCCCAUAU